CUUCUCCAUUUUUUUGCAUUGGAAAUUCUGCGAUGAAAUCAGAAUUAACUUUUAAAGCAUUAUACUCUUUUAGACAUGCUUUUGCCUUAUCUUUGAAUAGCAGUUGUGCAUCAUCCAAAAAACUUAAAACGUCCACAUGUUUUAAGUUCACUACUACACCAGUCCGUAUUCGGUUUUCAAAAGCCGACUGUACAUCUCGCCACUAAACUCUAGCAUCAGUUUCCUCGGAUUCUAGACCACCUCCCUGAUGAAGAUGAUGUUCGAAAUCAACUUGAAUGCAUGACAGAUGUGUCAUACAAGUUUGGAACUUUUGCUUCUCUUCUCUCGUAAGAUUGGAUUUGAUGAUCUUUUCAUUCAAUUCUUUGAUUGUAGAAUUGCAUACUUCUAGCCAAUAAUUAAUAUCCUCAUUUUGCAUUUCAUGUAUAGAUAGUAAUGCCUCACGAAGAAGAUCUACAAGUCGUUCAAAAAAUACUGAUUGAAGACAUUUUACUUUUUGUCUAAAAUAUCACUGUCACUGAAGUUAAGACUGAAUUUCGAUGACUACGAUUUAUAAAGUGUGCUCGACUAGGAAAAAAUUCCCUCUUAUAAAGGAAAAAUCAGCGUAAGAGAGGUGGAAAAUUUCAAUGUCUGACCAAUGGUGAAAUGGAAAGUUGAUUGAUAUGAAGAGGGGGAAGAUUUUCUAGGAAAAGGGAUGAUUUUUAUCCAAACAAACAUCAUCAUUUCAGCCCAACCAAUGGGAGCUGUGCUUUUAUGGAAUCAUCCAAUCCUAGAUGAAAACGAUCGAUUUUCAUCUGACCGAAAAUCUCUAUUUCAGUCUAUUUCACUGCUUAUCUGUUCAAACCUCCGAUGGCCUGGGAAGAAUUAACUGAGGAAGAAAAAUGCAUGACUGGAUGGCUAGAGAAGACAUAUCAUGGAAUAGCGUGGAGUUCUGGAGAUAUUCCAUAUCACCGUCUCAAUAAUAUUUUAAAAAUCUGUACGCAAGGAGUUGAGAAAAUAUUUAUUAAGGGAGAGCAGAAAGCCCAAUGGAUGAGAAAUAUUUUACCAAACAUAUCAAUAUCAAAUGUGGAAGACUAUGGAUGUCCACCACUUGAAGAAAUACAGAGUCAAAUCCAAUACUUCUGCUUCAAUCACGACCUCUGCAUUUGUAGAAAACCCAUGUGCGCCAUUUAUAACGUCGUUGGAAUACGGACUUGGCUGCUAGAUUACUUGAUUCGUUUGGCCAAGAUGAAGUAGAUAGCAGUAAUGUUAAGAGACCGAAUAUAUGCUCUUGCU